CCCACAGUUUGCUGUGAUGUUUCCAGUUUCAAAGGGAAAAACACAAGCUUGUUCAUUAGGUAUGAGUCAUAAUCCCUCUUCUGCUACUGAGUCACUUGGGAGUUUGAGGGUCGUGUGUUAGUUUUGUUGGAGGGGGGUGCAGGCUCUUUAUUACUCGGUGAGAGAGCUGGCAGAUGUCCCAAGUGAGAGAACCUCUUCCUCCGGGGCCUGGAGGGCCAGAGCAAGCUCCGACUGAAAACAGCUCUUUGAUCUCUCUCCCUCGAGAAGAAAACGAGCAGGAGAAUACUGCAGCAGGAGAUAAGGAGAUAAAACAGCCUUCCAGGAACCAAAGUAUACAACCAGAGAUACAAGACCAGCCCAUCUGGGGAAAUCGCACUGAUGGUGACCUCAUCAGAACACAACCUCAGCGUUUGCCUCAGCCAAAUACUUCAGCACUGGAAAGGGGUGAGGAAGAAAGUGGCCAAAUCCAAAAUGGCUACACAGGUCUGAGUAAUGGAAGUGGAAUUCACAGCGGGGUCAAGCACGCACCUGCAGACAACAGAAAGAUUUCAGCUCCUGUUUCAGAAAAAAUGCACAGAAAAAUUCAGUCUACCUUGUCUGUCAACAGCAACAGCAGCAAGAAGAGUAAACUAAGCUCUGUGUUUUCUCAAAAGCCAGGUACUUCACCUGAAGAUUGCUGCGUUCACUGUAUCCUGGCUUGCUUGUUUUGUGAGUUUCUCACCCUCUGUAACAUUGUUCUGGGACAAGCACCCUGUGGCAUCUGCACAUCGGAGGCCUGCUGCUGUUGCUGUGGGGACGAGGUGGGGGAUGACUGUAACUGCCCGUGUGAUAUGGACUGUGGCAUAAUGGACGCAUGUUGUGAAUCUUCAGAUUGCUUGGAGAUCUGCAUGGAAUGCUGUGGGAUCUGCUUCCCAUCCUGAAAUAUUUAUCCCUUUUUAUUGUAUUCUUUAUAAAACUGGAGAGCUUUUCUUUAAAUACAUUUGAAGAAAGACAAGGUAAGAUUUUCACACAACUGACUGGUAUUGCACUGUUAAUUCCCUAUAUAUAAUUUUUUUUUUUUUUUUAAAAAAACACAAUCGUCAAAUCUGUAUUCUAACACAAAUUGUAUAGUUUUGUAUGUGAAGCUCAAGCUACAUUCCAGCUUCUUUUGGCUUUGCAAAUGGAAGGCUUUAUUGAAACUGAAUUAUGGGCCUGAUAUCACAGGCUGUUUCCAGGCAGAAUUGCCAUUUGAAUUGAAAGACAAGUUUUGGUCAGAGAAGAGGCUACAGAGCAAAGCCUUAAGUAUUUGCUUUACCUGCUUCAAUGUUAAAAAGCUUGAAUGCCUCCCUCCAUAACAUGCCUUUAGAUGCAUUUGGAAAGUUGAAGUCUUUAUUUCAGUUUCUUUGGAAUGAAACCAACUUUGCUCAAUUAUUUGAAACAAUUCAAAAGUCAGCAUCAGGAGUCUACUGUUGUUUUGCAACAGUGGUCACGUUGGCAGUAUUUCUUUUAUUUUGAGUAUCUCUUUGUUUUGAGAGAGAUUCCUGGUAUUUUCUCCAUUGUCAGUAUUGAUACUGUGGGAACAUUUGGCAAACUAAAGUCAAUUUAAGUUUUGCCAUCGACUAGAGUACCAAGAUUUCUUUGUUAUCAAUCAAGACAGAAUAGAGAAUUUACAUUUUACUUCAGUACUAGUGUUACUUGAAAUGUUUCUUUUUAGAAAGAGACAUUGGAAAUCUGUGUAGACAUGAAAUAGUUCCUUAGACUAGUAGAAUAAUAGAUUAAAUCUUCAAAAUUUGGCUAUACAAUUGAGAUUAUUGGAAGUUAACUUAAGAAUCUAAACAUGUACAUACCUGUCAGCAUUUGUGGCUUUAGGGCUAAUAUCACAUAACGUAGUAUUUAUUUCUUCACUGUGUGAGAAGGAUCCACAGAGGAUGGCAGAAUUCAAGCAGAAUGUAAAGACAAAAUUAAAAAGACUUGAUCAAGAAAUUGAAUUCAAAAAGAAAAUGCAAAAAAGUUUAUUUCCAGAUACAUUUAAUGUGUUACAUUUAAAUAACUUUUUAAAAAAGGAUAUUUUAAAAAUGUUAUAUCCUUUAAAAGUAAAAGGAUUGUGAUUUAAAAUGUUUGAAAAAUACAAGUUAGGAUCUCUUGGGCAACUUUCUCCUUGUUAUACUAUGAAGGUUGUCUGAGAAAUAUCUCUCUUUGUCUCUGAUAUGUGAAAUGAAUUUGAUCCAACAUAUAAUGGGUUUUUUAUAUUCCCUGUUUUAGGGAAUAAUGGUAUCCAUUUUCUUUACCAUCAGCUAGUUUCUUCUGUCUAUGCCUAUAGCUCAUUAACUUUUCUGUGUAAACCACUUACACGUCUUGAUCUCACAUACUUAAACUUUCCUAUCUUUCUACACUCCAGAUUUCGCAUUUGUAGAUUGCUGAAUUACGAAAAUUUAGACCUUCUUACAUCUCAACAGCAGCCAAUAGCAUGAUUCUGUUGAGUAAACAGACCAUAAAUGUCUCUUUCCACUGUACUUAAUUCAAUCUGUGCAAAUGUGAUGAGCUGAAGAUCACAGGAUUGUGAAGCGAAGUCAACAAAUGGUCUGAUAGUGACCAUAGCUUCUCCAUGUGUACACUGACUAGUAGUGCCUACUACUGCACGUUAUCACUGAAGGUAACAUAGCUGAAUCCUCAACUACACUAGGGAGCUGGGAGGUGUUGUGUUUAUGCUCAACAUCUGCAAUAUUGUGGUGUAUUCUGAUGCAAUGCAGAUUUAUUCAGAGGGUUUCUUGUCUGUUUUUUUAGGGGGUUUUGAUAGUUACUAGAAGAUUUUAUUCUUAUCAUGGGCCAGAUUCAGAUCUGUGUUGCAUAAACUAAGUGUGUUUCCAUUAGUGUCAGAAUUUUCCAUUGGUUUAGCACAAGCUAGAGAGCACAAAGAUGUAUUAUGGUAAUAGGCAGGCUAAUAAGGAAUCAUAUCCCUAAAUUGAUAAAUUCCCUGUGCUCAGAAUCAGGCCCAUGGGGCUCAAUUAUGACUCCUAAAAGUCUAAACCACAUUGGGAAGGGGGAAGAGGUGCCUUGGUUGAGUGGCAGUGCCUGGAGGCAUUUUGCCUUUGUAAGGCAUACUGCCUCUGGGGAAAUUGGGGGCAUCACAGUGAGCACUGGGACUUGAUGCACCUUGGAAAAAGUCUAGACAGUGCUUUGCCCAUUGUAAGUCUAUGGUUGACAACAUGGUGGUAGGGACAUGCUCUCUUGGGCUAGGCAGCACCGUGAACUGUCCUUCCUCAUGUCCUUCUGGUCACAGAGAAGUUAAUUAUGGCUGUUUCUUGUCUGAUUGUGCUUGGGUACAGAGAAGAGGACUUCCAGUCACCUGUCCUGACAUCUGUGCCCUGCUGGAACAGUUCCAGUUUUGUGCUUGGAAAACUGUACACUUGCAUAUGAAGCUUUUAGUGAAUAGUGAAUGUUUGUAAAAAUUACUUUUACCACAGGAUGGUAUAGUUUUUUAAAAAAGAAAAUAUCAACCUAAGGAGUCCUGUUUCUGUGUGAAAGUUUAUCUAUGCAGUUUGCUCCACACAAAAUCUUGCCUGAAAGGAACUCAGAGGCUUUUUAUGAUUUAUUGAAAUUAUUGAAACCUUGGAAAUUAAUUUACUAUUAGGCAUUUACUCCCUGUACUGUUAAAAUACAAAUAAUAAUUACAAAACUUUGUUCAUGAAUAAAUGCAUAUGUGUACAGACUCUCACAUACUUGCAGACAGACACAUAUGCAGAUACGUUAUUUCUUUUCCCACUUCAUUUGUGAAAUACUUGGAAGUGAAAAUAGUGUUUAUUAAUCCUCAUAGUGAUUAGAAGUAUCAAAGUAUUAUGGACCAUUGGGGGAAAAAAAAAAAAAAUUGUGUUAUUUUUUGACAUUUAAAUGUAAUCUGCUACUGUUUUUCAUAGAGUUACUAGCACUUUUGUAAACUGUAUCUUUGUAGCAGAGAAUAUUAGUAUGUAGUUUAAGGAAUUCCCUUCUAUAUUUAUACUCUUAAAUUCUGUUUUGUAAUUUUCACUAUAGGCAAUCUUGUAAGCACCUUGUGUAAUUAAAACAAGCAGAAUUAGAAGGAGUUAAAUGUGAAAAUAUAGUUUAAAUAAAAUAAAUCAUCAGAACUUAACUGUCUGUUUUAUAAUAGUUCUUGUGAACUUGUACGGUGUUUCAGUAUAUAGUUCGGCAAAUUGGCCCAUUUGAAAAAAAUGGUAACUUGCUGUUUGUUUUUUUUAUCAACUGGAUGUGCUAUUCUCAAACACUAUUUUGAAAUAAAGAUCUUUAUUUUGAAA